AUGGGGAGGAUCAGCAUCUCGUGUUUGCUUCCUGCUUCUUGGCACUUCAGCAUCUCUCCAGUGGGAUGUCCACGUAUUCUCAACACCACUUUGCGGCAGAUCGUUGUGAUAGGAAUACUUGCUGCUGCCGUCUCUUUGCUUUACUACUCUCUGGUAGUCAUCCGCAAUAAGUAUGGGCGUGCAUACAGGGACAAAAGAUUCCACAGAUAUCUUGCCCGAGUAACUGAUACUGAAGCUACAGAUACAAACAACCCCAAUCUGAACUAUGGAAUCGUUGUGGACUGUGGCAGCAGCGGCUCUAGGAUUUUUGUGUAUUGUUGGCCAAGGCACAAUGGUAAUCCACAUGAUCUGUUGGACAUCAAACAGAUGAGAGACAAAAACAGAAAACCAGUGGUUAUGAAAAUUAAACCAGGCAUUUCGGAGUUUGCCAGCUCCCCUGAAAAGGUCAGCGAUUAUAUUUCUCCACUUCUGAGCUUUGCUGCCGAACAUGUGCCACGUGCAAAACACAAAGAGACUCCUCUUUAUAUUCUGUGUACUGCAGGAAUGAGGAUUCUGCCAGAAAGCCAGCAGAAGGCAAUACUUGAAGAUCUGCUCACUGAUAUCCCUGUGCAUUUUGAUUUUCUGUUUUCGGACUCGCAUGCAGAGGUUAUUUCAGGCAAACAGGAAGGAGUAUAUGCAUGGAUUGGCAUCAACUUUGUUCUUGGAAGAUUUGAGCAUACAGAUGAUGAGGAUGAAGCGAUUGUGGAGGUGCAUGUCCCAGGCAGUGAAAACAAAGAGGCCAUCUUUCGUAAAAGGACAGUGGGUAUUCUCGACAUGGGCGGAGUGUCGACUCAGAUAGCAUACGAAGUCCCUAAAACUGUAAGCUUUGCCUCUUCGCAGCAGGAGGAAGUAGCCAAAAACUUACUUGCAGAAUUCAACUUGGGCUGUGAUGCUCAUCAAACUGAGCACGUGUAUAGAGUCUACGUUGCAACGUUCCUUGGCUUUGGGGGAAAUGCAGCACGCCAGAGAUAUGAAGACAGUUUAUUUACCAGUACAGUGCUUAAAAACAGACUGCUGGGCAAACAGACUGGCAUGACUUCUGCUUCACCCUGCCUAGAUCCUUGCCUGCCCCUGGACGCUCAGGAUGAGAUCCAGCAGAACGGACAGAUAAUGUAUUUGCGGGGAACAGGAGAUUUUAAUCUGUGUCGUGAAAUUAUUCAACCGUUGAUGAAUAAGACUAAUGAAACGCAGACAUCUCUUAAUGGUGUCUAUCAGCCUGCUGUGCACUUUCAGAACAGUGAAUUCUAUGGCUUCUCAGAGUUCUACUACUGCACCGAGGACGUGUUACGCAUGGGAGGAGAUUACAAUGCUGCUAAAUUUACUAAAGCCGCAAAGGAUUAUUGUGCCACUAAGUGGUCUGUCCUACGGGAACGUUUUGACCGUGGUCUUUAUGCAUCACAUGCUGAUCUCCACAGAUUGAAGUACCAGUGUUUUAAGUCUGCCUGGAUGUACGAAGUAUUUCACAGUGGCUUCUCUUUUCCUGUGAGUUACAGCAAUUUGAAAACAGCUCUGCAGGUUUAUGAUAAAGAGGUGCAAUGGACCUUGGGAGCCAUUCUUUACCGAACACGGUUUUUACCUUUAAGAGACAUCCAGCAAGAAAACUUUCGUGGAAGUCACUCCCACUGGAGGAGCUUCUCCUUUGUUUACAAUCACUAUUUGUUUUUUGUCUGUUUUCUGAUCGUGCUGCUCUCCAUCCUGCUUUACCUGCUAAGGCUCAGACGGAUCCACAGGCGAAUGUUGCGUAACAGCUCUUCUACUUCCCUAUGGAUCGAGGAAGGCCUUCCACCACAGAAGAUCGCAGGACCCUUAUGAGAUGCUGUGAUGGAGAGCUUUUAUUGGACUUGCUACUCAAAAAGCCAUUUUUGCCUCAGGGUUCUUCCUUUUUGUCCCUUUUAAACCAUUGAAGAAGCAGAUUGCCUAGAGCGUGUAAUACAGCUAGGCUUUGGAAACAUGGGAAAAUGGGGUCAACGUGGCUUAGUUUCAUUAGACAAUAUCUGC